CCAAUAUCCUUACAACAUCUGAUUUAAAAGCUGUCAACAACGCCUUUCUAUUCAAUUUCAAUAAUCAACAAAGAUUAUUGAAUAACAAAAACAGUUAUUUGAGUGUUGAUUUCAACCUGUAUCUUUUAGUUCACCUGAUGAUCAUUGUACUGCUUUGGUUGACUGUUGACAAAUUUGACCCUUAGCAUUAUAAAGAAUCAAUAAUCAAUAUGGUUAACAUAAAUCAAGUUGAUGAUGAUUACUCCUUUCUUCCGGAGUUUGCUAUGAUGUUCAUCACAGCAAAUUUCGCGUUGUAUCUUCUUGUUUUGAUGUCCGAUCCUGCUGGAGGUCAACCUAAACGUAAGCGUAGCAGCAAUAGAAAUGUUAAUCAAGUUGCCGAUGAAGGAAUAUCUGGAGUUAGCCCUCAAAGAUUGGUUAAUAACGAGGCACCAGCCGGUGAACACGAUGAGGCUGAAGGUUCAUCCUCGCCUGGAUCUAUGAAUUCCGCCCAAAGAUCAAUUGAAGAAGAAGAAUUGAAAUACGGAGCUAGCCAUGUUAUCAAAUUAUUUAUACCAGUUUCAAUUUGUAUGCUAAUUGUAGUUGCAUCGAUAGGAUCUCUCCAAUUCUACACCAAGACCAAUCAGUAUUUGUUAUAUACACCAUUUACUGACCAGAAAGCUGAUACCACGACUAGAGUUUGGCACUCAUUCGCUAAUGCAUUCAUUUUUCUCAUUGUAAUCGUUGUCAUGACUUUUGUCCUGAUCCUUUUAUAUACAUACCGAUUCUACAAAGUUAUCUACGGAUGGUUGGUGCUGUCAUCAUCAUUACUUCUAUUCCUAUUUAUGUUCAUCUAUUUAUCCGUAGUCUUACAAAAAUAUAAUCUUCCAGUAGAUUAUAUCAGUGUCUCUAUAUUCAUUUGGAACUUUGGAAUUUUAGGGAUGAUUUGCAUACAUUGGAAAGGUCCACUUAUCGUCCAACAAGCUUACCUGCUAGUUGUUUCAGCUCUUAUGGCUUUAGUUCUAAUAAAAUACAUUCCAGAAUGGACUGUGUGGGUGAUACUUGCUGUCAUAUCAGUUUGGGACUUAGUUGCUGUUUUAUGCCCGAAAGGUCCUCUUCGAAUCCUGGUUGAAACUGCACAAAGCCGAAAUGAGUCUAUUUUCCCUUCUCUCAUUUACUCCUCAGCAGUAACCUACUUCACAGGAAUGGCAGACGGUGGAGAAAAGUCAGCUCUUACUAAUCAAGAAGUCGAUCAAAAUCGUCCAACUCAACAAGACCAGAAUAUCAGAGAAGGACAAGCAUCUUCAUCAUCUCAAUCGCCUUCUUCAACCCAACCAGCCCAACCUGAAGCCGAUAUACCACCAAUCUCGUUCCGAGGACAAGACAAUCUUAGACCCGAUUUAGCAGGAGUUGAUGAAUUUGAAGAAGAAGAAAGGGGAGUUAAAUUAGGCUUAGGUGAUUUUAUAUUUUACAGUGUUCUCGUGGGUAAAGCUUCAUCAUAUGGCGAUUGGAAUACCACAUUAGCCUGUUUUGUAUCGAUUCUAAUUGGACUUUGCUUAACUCUACUACUUCUUGCCUUCUUCAAGAAAGCGUUGCCUGCUCUUCCAAUAUCAAUAUUUUUCGGGUUAACUUUUUAUUUUACAACAUCUCAGUUAGUGGCACCAUUUUGUGACCGUCUUGCUGAACAACAGAUCUUUAUUUAAUCCAAAUUUAAAAUAAAUCCACUUUGUAUUUACAAACACAAAGUCAGUACAUGUUAUCAUUGUAAAUCUUCCAUGGUUUUCAAUAAUGUGAUCAACUCAUUUUUAAGCUUAUAAAAUUCAAAACUCUUUUUCUCUCCCUCUUAUCAUCCUAUCCCUCCAUUUCAACUGUAUUCAUCAAAUGGUGAGAUCAACACUCAUAAUAAACUUUUUUGGUCAAUA